UUUCCUUUACUUCUAUCACCAAAUGGUGUUAGAAUAACCACUUGUUGGGACCCUUAACAAUUUAGGCAAGUGAAGCAUAUGGCAGUAGCUUCCACCUUGCCCUUGUCUUGGUCACAUCAAACACCAAGGCCCCCACCAACCCAUAUUCUCCGGCCACCAUUUCAUGGUGCCCGGUGCACCUCUACCACCACUCGCUCGAUCCCCCCUCGACCUGCUGUAAUACUCCCAGGAUUAGGGAACAAUACAGCAGAUUAUUCUAGACUGCAAUCGAGCCUAGAGGAGUACGAUGUUAAAAGUGUCGUAGCCAAAGUUUCGAGGCUCGAUUGGUUUAGGAAUGCAGCGGGUUUACUAGACCCGAAUUACUGGAAGGGCACACUGUGUCCUAGCCCGGUUUUAGAUUGGUAUCUUAACAGGGUGGAUCAAGCUGUAAGACAAGCUAAGGAGCUUGCACCGGGCAGGACAGUCUCGUUGAUUGGACAUUCUGCGGGUGGGUGGCUAGCACGCGUGUAUAUGGCGGAGUUUGGGAAGUCAGAUAUCUCGUUACUUUUGACACUUGGCACUCCGCAUUUGCCUCCUCCAAGAGGUGUAUCUGGGGUUAUCGAUCAGACAAGGGGGCUAUUGUAUCAUGUGCAAGAGCACUGCUCGGAAGCUGUGUAUACUCCUGAACUUAAGUAUGUGUGUGUCGCUGGACGGUAUAUUCAGGGCGCUCGAGUAUUUGGAGGUUCAAAUGUUGUGCAGAACGUGGCUCAUGGGGCUGCUAUUAUGAAUGUGCCCGAGUCAAAAUCAGACGAUGUUACAUUGCAAGCGCGGUUUGUUGGUCAGGGCUAUAAACAAGUAUGUGGGCGGGCGGAUGUGUGGGGUGAUGGAGUUGUUCCGGAAGUAUCUGCACAUUUAGAGGGUGCUCUUAAUAUUAGCUUGGAUGGUGUUUAUCACUCGCCUGUCGGUUCAGAUGAUGUCUCGAGACCCUGGUAUGGCUCGCCUGACGUACUUAAGAAUUGGGUUAACCACCUUUUAGAUUAAUCAGAUCUUGGGCCUCAAUCAUCAGCUUAAGCUUAAUCUAAUGGUUGAGGCCUCAAAAUACGUUAUAUGCUCUAACAGAUUCUGCAAUCGAUGUCAUGAAAUUAAGCAUAUCGAGAUUUUGUUGUCACAUUGCAACACUUAUUUUGUCGAUUUGUUCAUAUAGAGCCUUGUAGGCUGUAGUUUCUAUGAAAUGAUUGUAUUCGCCCUUUA